AUCUUAUUUUUUCCGAUAAAGGCAGAAAGAAGUGAGUAACAUCAAAAAAUUUAACUUGCUGAUCUUAGUUAAAAUUGAAAAGUUUUCCGAAUUAUAUUUUCCACAAGCCAUACACAUUACCAAACAUGGCUUUACGUCUGAUGGCUAUGUCAAUGAAGCAGGGUGCUAAGACUCCUGUUUGCGCCCGAACACUUUACACCGAUCGUAUCGGUACUCGUGAAGUCGUCGGUUAUGGCUGGAAUGGCUACCCGGUCUAUCAUGACAAUUUGCAUUAUCCAAUGCCACCAGUACGUUUCCGCGAAGAUACACCCGAAAUCAAGGCUUUAAGAGAGAAGGAAAAGGGAGAUUGGAAUAAAAUGAGUGUCCACGAAAAGAAAGCUUUGUAUCGUGCAUCAUUCUGCCAGACUUUCGCUGAAUUCCAAGCACCAACCGGUGACUGGAAAUUAUGCAUUGCUGGCAUUUUUGUCGCCUCAGGAUUGGCUUUACUGGUCACCAUUUGGAUGAACACAUGUAUCUACGAUGAACGACCAGAAUCAUUCAGUGAGGCCUCACAGAAAGCCCAGCUGAAACGUAUGUUGGAUUUGGAGGUGAAUCCAGUUCAAGGAUUAGCGUCCAAAUGGGACUACGAAAACAAGAGAUGGAAGUAGAUCAAUGAAGGCUAGGCAACCAGUAAUUUCGUAACGUUUCAAAUCGGGUCGAUGUUUAAUUAAUAUGAGAGAAUUCAGCUUACAAUGUACAUUUCGAUGAAUUGUUGUUGAUUCCAAUAAAAAAAUCUGUUCAGAUUGUGGAAUUACA